ACAAGGCUGCCACGCCGGAGCGGCACAGAGUUCCCGAGUCUUCUCGGCUCUCGUGUCCGAGCUUCUGGGGCCGCUCUCUCGGGAGAACUGCGACCAGGAUGUGGAAUAGCGGAUUCGAAAGCUUCAGCAGCUCCUCCUAUGGCGGAGCAGGCGGCUACACGCAGUCCCCCGGUGGCUUCGGGUCGCCCACACCGUCGCAGGCGGAGAAGAAAUCGAGAGUCCGAGCCCAGCACAUUGUGCCCUGUACCAUAUCUCAGCUGCUUUCUGCUACUCUGACUGAUGAAGUGUUCAGAAUUGGAGAUGUUGAGAUUUCGCAGGUCACUAUCGUGGGGAUAAUCAGACAUGCGGAGAAGGCUCCGACCAACAUUGUUUACAAGAUAGACGAUAUGACGGCUGCGCCCAUGGAUGUUCGGCAGUGGGUUGACACGGACGAUGCCAGUGGUGAGAACACCGUGGUUCCUCCUGAAACAUACGUCAAAGUUGCUGGCCACCUCAGGUCUUUCCAGAACAAAAAGAGCUUGGUGGCCUUUAAGAUCAUUCCUCUGGAAGACAUGAAUGAGUUCACCGCACACAUCCUGGAAGUGGUCAAUUCACACAUGAUGCUCAGCAAGUCCAACAGCCAGGCCUCUGCAGGGAGACCAUCUAUCAGCAACCCAGGAAUGAGUGAGCCGGGAAGCUUCAGUGGGAAUAACUUCAUGCCAACAAAUGGCCUCACUGUGGUCCAAAACCAGGUAAGCUGCCUCUUUACCCCUGCAGAGCAAGGCAGUCUGGCUGAUAAUUUGCGCUGGUUUUAAUGUGGGUGUCCCCCCCCUCUUUUUUUUCCUUUCAGGCAAGCAGUGGAUUUUCUGUGCAACGAGGGCCACAUUUACUCUACUGUGGAUGACGAUCACUUUAAGUCUACAGAUGCAGAGUGACUGGAGUUGCCUGGGUGCCUGGGAACGGUCCAGCUGGGCCUGUGUUCAUCUGUCGGACCCAGCUCUGCAGGCUUUGGCCAGAGGCUUCUAGGACAGAACUUUACUGUAGAAGGUCUCAGCUGAAGUCCUUUUGGAACUUAUUGCUCUCUGUUUUGUUGCUUGUUGUUUAGAGGUUCAGAGGGAGAUAGACAGUUGAGAAGGAAGUAAGCCAAUAAGCUAGUCAGGACUUAAGGAUGGGUGGUCAGAAUUGAAAGAGGAACACCGCCAAGAUGCAGGGCUGCAGCAUGCUUGGAGCUUCUGUUCUCCAGAGGCUUCCUGUUGAGGGUGAACAAUGCUAGGGCCAAGGGCCAAAGAAGGACCUGCCACCCUCUGCCAAUUUGUGUCACCCUCUGGGUCUGUGGUGUUACUUUCAGAAUUGCACUUUCCGUCCCCUUGUCUUGCCCAAAAUUAAAAGGAGGUUUAAGUGAGCAUGAGGGUCUGACCUGGAGGCCCCAUGAGGCAGAGAGGAAGAAAUGUUACUGCAUGGUUUGUAAUAUAAAUGUUCAUAUGUUUGAUAAAACAGUUCGAUUGUAGUAGCUUCUGAAAUGUUG